UGUUCACAGAUAAAGACACACAAAGUUUACAUGGUUUACAUUUCGAAAACAAUGGUUUUUGGAAACACUUGUAUGGUUUGAUUUCCAUUUGCCAAUUGCCAUUGUCAUUUCAAUGUACGGGAUCGUUACCUACUAUUAUAAUAAUUAUUAUUUCAGUUCGUAAAGUCUGAAACAUCGUUGUUCAGUUAAAAUCUUAUCAACCCGAUAGUGAUAAAGUACAAAAUAUAUACCUACUUACCUAUUUCUAGACCGAUACGGGCGGGCCGGAAAACCAUAUACUAGAGGUAUUUUAUUUACGCAUUCAAUGGCACUCGGAACUGUGUUGAGUGUUCAUAUUUUGUGUUAAAGAUAAAAAAAAUAUACACAGAAAUUAGCGAUAAGUAAAAUGUGAUUUACGUAUUAUUUUUCUGUACUGAACUUUUUUUUAAAUAAGGGUGGAGUGUGUUCCUAAGAUGCGUUAUUUCUGUACUAUUUUAAAGAGAUUAUUGUUUUUCAAUCCCUUUAUUAUAAUUUUGUUACUAUUUUUACUUUUACUAGUGGUUUAUAAGCCUGAAAUUAAAUUACAAUACAUUUACAAAAGUGAUAAUAAUAAUAUUAUGAACUAUGUGCGAAUCGAAAACUAUGGACUCAGUGAUUACGAGUAUCAUAAAAGGAUUAUCGAUUUAUAUAAUGAAAAACGUAAGAAAUGGAGAACAUCGAACUUAGGAUCAAUUAUGUUCCUAAACAAUUCAGGCGAAGCAAGUCAACACAUUGAAAUAAGACAGGAACGAACUUUCGUAGUUUUAAUAUGGAAGUAUUGGAAAUGGCUGGAAAGCCGGCACGUGAAUGGUUUCAAUGAUACACGGGAAAGUGAUCCUUUGAGCGAUUGCAGUGUUAAGAACUGUAAAUUCACAGGGAAUGAUGACGAGUUUCCAACAGCCGAUGCUGUGGUCGUCCACAUACAAAAAGGCGUAUUUCCAAAUGUUAAACAAAGGAAUCGAAACCAACGAUGGAUAUUUUUGAGUGACGAAUCCCCGGUCAACUCGUUUUCAAUGGCUAAAACUAGACCCAAACUUUCAGAGCUGGCUUACAUUUUCAAUUGGUCUAUGACUUACAGCGAUUCCGACGUGCCCGUACCAUACGGCCGAACGAUACCCUUACAAAAACCGAUAUUGAGUGCAAUAACGGAGGAUUCUUUGUCUACAUUGGUUCCGUACUGGAAUAUCAAAAACUGGGAUGUAUUGGUUGCAAUCCUUAUAUCGAAUUGUGGAGUAUCCAGGAGGAUGGAUUACUUGAAUCAGUUAGAAGAGCAUAUGGCUGUUGAUGUGUAUGGAAAAUGCUCGUCAAAUCACAAAAAGAGCUGUCCUGGACAUUUCAGAGCAGAUUGCAAGUUGAUGUCGAAAUAUUUAUUCUAUUUAGUAUUCGAGAACUCGCAAUGCGACGAAUAUUUGACUGAGAAGUCGUUUUUCCACGCCUAUAAAAAAGGUGCCAUACCUGUGAUAAUGGGUCCUUCAGUAGAGGUCUGUGAAGAGCUUUUACCGCCCGACUCAUUUUUACACGUAGAUAAUUAUGAUAGUGUUCAAAAGCUAGCAGAUGAUAUGAUCAAAAUAAGUCGAGAUGAUAAACUUAUUCUUAGCUUCCAUCGAUGGCGGAACGAUUUUAGAAUCGCCAACGAACAUGGUUACUUUGGCUCGAAAUCUUACCACUUGUGCAGGGUAUGUGAAGCUUUGAAUUAUAAUGAUGAGGAGAAAAAAGUGUAUGAUGAAAAUAGUUUGAGCCUCUUUUUAGACCCAAAGUUGUUAUGUCGAGAAUAAACUAAAUCACGUCAUCCUAGAUUUAAGGUAAAAUAGACUAUAUUAUUGUGUAAUUUCUUGCUGAUAUCAUCAUGUAACAUACUUGUAAAAAGGAUUUUAUUAGUUUAUAACACGAAAAACAGUAUUAUUAUUUAUUAAACUUUGUAUAU